GAGCUAAUUUGAUCGUUCCAGAAUCAUAAAGGAGCCAUCAAGCUAUCCGGCGCUAAUCACAUCAGUGACCCCCUCACACCCCCCCAACUUGCUAACAACUUCCAAGAAGUGGGGGACCGAUGAUCAGGUGAUGUGGGGAACUACUACUACGGCCAGGGCCAUCCCAUGAAACCCCACAGGAUCCGCAUGACACACAACCUCCUUCUAAACUACGGACUUUAUAGGAAAAUGGAGAUCUAUAGACCACACAAAGCCAGUGGUGAGGAGAUGACAAAAUACCACAGUGACGACUACAUUAAGUUCCUGAGGUCUAUCCGACCAGACAACAUGUCUGAGUACAGCAAACAGAUGCAGAGAUUCAAUGUCGGGGAGGACUGUCCUGUGUUUGAUGGUCUGUUUGAGUUUUGCCAGCUCUCAACAGGGGGCUCCGUUGCUGGAGCAGUGAAGCUGAACAAGCAGCAGACAGAUAUCGCCAUCAACUGGGCCGGCGGCCUCCACCACGCCAAGAAGUCCGAGGCCUCAGGUUUCUGCUACGUCAACGAUAUCGUACUGGCCAUCCUUGAGUUGCUCAAGUACCACCAGAGGGUGUUAUACAUAGAUAUUGACAUUCACCACGGUGAUGGAGUGGAGGAGGCCUUCUACACCACAGACAGGGUCAUGACUGUCUCUUUCCACAAAUAUGGGGAGUACUUCCCGGGCACUGGAGACCUGAGAGACAUUGGAGCUGGAAAGGGCAAGUACUAUGCAGUAAACUACCCACUUAGAGACGGCAUUGAUGAUGAGUCCUAUGAAGCCAUCUUCAAACCGAUCAUGGCUAAAGUCAUGGAGAUGUACCAGCCAAGUGCUGUGGUACUCCAGUGUGGAGCUGAUUCUCUGUCUGGAGAUAGACUGGGCUGCUUCAACCUUACCAUCAAAGGCCAUGCCAAAUGUGUUGAGUACAUCAAAAGUUUCAACCUGCCCUUGCUCAUGCUGGGCGGUGGUGGCUACACCAUCCGUAAUGUGGCCCGUUGCUGGACCUAUGAAACGGCCGUCGCCUUGGACUGCUCCAUCCCCAACGAGCUGCCCUACAAUGACUACUUUGAGUACUUCGGGCCUGACUUCAAGCUGCACAUCAGCCCGUCCAACAUGACCAACCAGAACACCAACGAGUACCUGGAGAAGAUCAAGCAGCGCCUGUUUGAAAACCUCCGUAUGCUGCCUCACGCCCCUGGUGUCCAGAUGCAGGCGAUCCCCGAGGACGCCCCCCACCCAGACAGCGGUGACGAAGAUGAGGAGGACCCCGACAAACGCAUUUCUAUCCGGGCCCAUGACAAGCGGAUAGCCUGUGAAGAGGAGUUCUCUGACUCUGAGGACGAGGCAGAGGGGCAGGGAGGAGGCCGCAGGAACGCAGCCAACCACAAGAAGGCUAAACGAGUGAAGAAGGAGGAAGAGAAGGAAGGAGAGGAAAAGAAAGUCCUGUUGCAUUGCUCCCUAGAAGUGAAAGAGGAGGAGAAGGAGGAAGACAAGAUGGACACAUCAGGACCAAAAGAGGAGGUGAAGACAACUUGAAGUCUGGCACAGGGAGAAAGUGAUGGUUGUACUGUUGCCCUCAAGCCCCACGGAUUCCUAUACCCUCCUCCUAUGUUGAUAGGACCUUCUGUAUUCCCGUUUUAUUACGUGUUCUUCUGAGUGAACCUGGUUUACAUUGCAUUACUGCAUUCAUUUCCAAGCUCAGUGAAGCACAAGUUGUGUGGGUGUUGACCACAAAGUUUACACAGCCACAUCAGAGUAUUAGAUCAAUGAUAAAAUGUGAAGGAUUUCUCAUUGAAAAUUUGCCCCUUUCUAUUCUGAGUGUAAACCCCACCCACCUGGAGCUCCAUGUAGUAUAGAACAAAUGCCAUAAAUCCUUUCCAGCUGUUGUGUGAACCAGGUCUGCUUUAAUGUGAAGAAAACCACCCAGAGCGCUACUGUUCCUAUCAUGUCAGUUCAGAUUUAACAUGUUUGUGGGGCCCAAGCUAAAAUACCUGCAGAGACGUCGAUUUAUAAGUCUAGUGCGCACAUGCAAAAAGGCUUCUCUGUUUUUAAACAUCUAUUUAUGAUACUGUUAGAAUAACCAGCAUUUGCCGUGUUAAUUUAUCAGUGAAUGCAUGUUUAGAAUGAUAUCGCCUUAAGCAUGUACAUGUUACUGUCCCUUUGCCCAGACAUUCCCUGGUCUCUGCUCAGUAAGUUAUUUUAAAUCAUGAAUGCACAGUCUCUCCCUUUAGCCCGUCUUCCUAUGAAUAUCUGGUCAAUGGUUUUCCUUUUUUUUCUUCCUGAAUUGUUUGUAUGUUAAUGUGUGAAUGGGUGUGAACCCUUUCAGAGGGUUAUGUUGGGAAGUGAAUGAGCCGUUUUAGAUAUUUUGUACCAUUAUACAUAAAGGUGGAGUGAGCUGGUACAAUGGCCCUCCACAUGUGGUUGUAUGGAGUUCUAUCCUUGUGAAAUGUGCAUUAUCAUAACUUUGUUAUAAAAAAUAAAGAAAACUGAUCUGCA